AUGGAUCCAUCAGCUGCAAUACCAUCACCAUCAACUUCCGACAAGAUUGGACUUGAUAAAAUCGCACACAAUGAUAAUGUAGUAUAUAAGUGCAAAAUUUUCAUCUCUCUUGUUUUUGGAAUUGUUGCAGGAAUUUUCGGACUCUCUGGAUUGUCUGGAUUUUUGUUUUAUAUUUUAGUUUCUGUUGUGAUUUCAUCGGUGCUGAUAGGAUUGGUACUUCCAAAACCAUUUUCGAUUGAUGGAGUAUUUACAAGUUGGUCAAAUAUUAUCUUUGGAGGAUUUACACAAGGAUUAUUAACAUAUAUUUUGUUUUGGACAAUUUCUUAUGAUAUGGUCUAUAUUUUCUUUUAA